ACUGGAACUGUGGUCAGCCAUGUGGGAGUCCAGCACCUUAACCACUACACCACCUGCUGGCCCCUACAAUGCAUUAAGAUGAAUUUUGACAAGGACCUUAUCAUGAGUGGCAUCUACUGCAGUCUCUGUUGCAUUAAAGUAAGUGCCCAGGAUUUUUGGAUUGGAUCUCCCACUGAGAGUGCAGGAUGGUGAGAGAAAUGCUUGCUGUUUGAGCCAAGUAGUGGUUGAGGUGGUUGGAUUCCAUGUGGCCGACUGCUCAGUUUUAGUCCUGGAUCUGGCAGCUUGAAAACCUCCCUGAGCGUGUGUUCAUAUGUAUGUGCCCCAAAUCUGCAAAGCAAGGAAAAAUGGAGAAGAAAGGUUUACAGUGUGGCCCACCCUAACCUCUGUCGCUCCCACAAGUGCACAUGUCCUUUGGCCAAAAUGAAAAAGAAAAAAAAAACACCCAAAAAACAAAACUUGGCUUUUUUUUCUGUGGCCACAAGUUAUCACACAGAUAUAAUUUUGACUUUCUUCCCCCCCUUCCAGGUUCAAUGUUUUGUCUUUUAUAUGCUGUACACUAUUUUUUGUGGUUUAGUUGAAAAGCCAUGUAGAUUUCCUGUCCUUUGAAGACGAGUUUUAAGGCAUCUGCUAAAAUACAAUAUUGAACAUUUUUAAAGAAUAUAAUCGUGCACAUAACAGAAAAAUGGAAGUAUUCCAGGAACUUCGUAAACCGACAGCACGAUUGGAAUGUGACCAUUGCAGUUUCAGAGGCACAGACUAUGAAAAUGUACAAAUCCAUAUGGGCACCCUCCAUCCAGAAUUUUGUGAUGAAAUGGAUGCUGGUGGGUUAGGGAAAAUGAUAUUUUACCAGAAAAGUGCAAAGCUAUUUCACUGUCAUAAAUGCUUCUUCACCAGCAAGAUGUACUCAAAUGUAUACUACCACAUCACGUCCAAGCAUGCAGCACCAGAGAAAUGGAACGAUAACUCAAAAAAUCAGUUGAACAAAGAAACAGAUCCCGUGAAAAGCCCUCUUCCUGAGCACCAGAAAAUACCCUCAAAUUCAGCAGAUCUUUUGAAACCCAUGCCUGCCCCUUCCCUGGAAACACAGAAACUUUGUCCUGUUUUGUCUCCAGAAUCACCAAAACCUACUCCUCUCACUCCCAUGGAGCCUCAGAAACCUGGCUCCCUUGUUCCUCCUGAGUUACAGACACUGUCUCUUCCUUCUCCUGAGUCUUCAAAACCUGCCUCUCUUUCUUCUGAACUUCCAAAAACAGUUCCUGUUUCUGAAUCUCAGAAACCUGUCCCUGAUCCUUCUCCAGAACCACAGAAACUUGCCCCUGUGUCUCCUGAGUCAGUCAAGGCAACUCUUAUUCAUCCUAAACCUCAGAAACACUCCCAUUUUCCUGAAUCAUUGGGGCCGCCUUCAGCUUCAUCUCCAGAGUCUCCUGUUCUAGCCACUUCCCCUGAACCCUGGGGACCUUCCCCAACUGCAUCUCCAGAAUCUCGGAAGCCAGCCCGCACUGUGUCACCAGAGCCAAGGAAGCCAUCCCCUUCAGAGUCUCCUGAACCUUGGAAGCCAUUCCCUGCUGUCUCUCCAGAGCCUAGGAGACCAGCUCCAGCUGUGUCACCAGGUUCUUGGAAGCCAGGACCACCGGGGUCCCCUAGGCCUUGGAAAUCCAGUCCUUCAGCAUCUUCAGGGCCUUGGAAACCAGCGAAACCAGCUCCAUCAGUAUCUCCUGGACCUUGGAAACCAAUUCCUUCUAUAUCACCUGGGCCUUGGAAACCAGCUUCAUCUGUGUCCCCUGCUUCCUGGAAGUCUUCGUCAAUCUCACCUGGUUCCUGGAAAUCUCCCCCGGCAUCUCCUGAGUCAUGGAAGUCUGGCCCACCAGAACUCCGAAAGACAGCUCCCACCAUGUCGCCUGAACAUUGGAAGGCAGUUCCCUCAGUGUCUCCUGAGCUUCGCAAACCAGGCCCACCACUAUCCCCAGAGAUCCGAAGUCCAGCAGGCUCUCCAGAACUCAGAAAACCCUCAGGGUCACCAGACCUUUGGAAGCUUUCUCCUGACCAACGGAAAACUUCUCCUGCUUCAUUUGAUUUUCCUGAGUCCCAGAAAAGUUCCUGUAGUGGUUCUCCAGAUCUUUGGAAGUCUUCCUUUUUUAUUGAACCUCAGAAACCUACUGUCUUCCCUGAGACCCGGAAACCAGGUCCUUCUGGGUCAUCUAAUGAGUCCCCCAAAACAGCCUCAGAUAUCUGGAAGCCUGUUCUCUCUAUUGAUACUGAACCUAGAAAACCUGCUCUGUUUCCUGAACCUACCAAAUCAGCCCCUCCUGUUUCUCCAGAAUCACGAAAACGUGCUCUUUUUCCAGAACCCCGGAAACACGCUCUUUUCCCUGAACUCCCCAAAUCUGCUAUGUUCUCAGAAUCUCAGAAGACAGUUGAGCUUGCUGAUGAACUACAAAUAGAUGCCAUAGAUGAUCAAAAGUGUGAUAUUUUAGUUCAGGAUGAACUUAUAGCCACACCUAAGAAACUCUUAGAAGACACUUUAUUUCCUUCCUCUAAGAAGCUCAAGAAGGACAACCAAGAGAACUCAGAUGCUGAGCUCAGUAGCAGUGAGUAUAUAAAAACAGAUUUAGAUGCGAUAGAUAUUAAGGGCCAAGAAUCAAGCAGUGAUCAAGAGCAGGUUGAUGUGGAAUCUAUUGAUUUCAGCAAAGAGAGCAAAAUGGAAUUGGCAAGUCCAGAGCAGUCCAAAAAUGUACUACAAUUUACUGAAGAAAAAGAAGCUUUUAUCUCUGAAGAAGAAAUUGCAAAAUAUAUGAAACGUGGAAAAGGAAAGUAUUAUUGCAAAAUUUGUUGCUGUCGUGCUAUGAAAAAAGGUGCUGUUUUGCAUCAUUUGGUUAAUAAACAUAAUGUUCAUAGUCCUUACAAAUGCACAAUUUGUGGAAAGGCUUUUCUUUUGGAAUCUCUUCUUAAAAAUCAUGUAGCAGCCCAUGGGCAAAGUUUACUUAAGUGUCCACGUUGUAAUUUUGAAUCCAAUUUCCCAAGAGGCUUUAAGAAACAUUUAACUCAUUGCCAAAGUCGGCACAAUGAAGAAGCAAAUAAAAAGCUAAUGGAAGCUCUUGAAACACCACUUGAGGAGCAGCAAAUGUGACUUUUAAACUGAAUAUUUGCUCUACAAAGUCGUUUGUCAAAAACU